CUUUGGCUCCUGUUGUACCUGUCGUUCUGUGAGAGGCUGUCGGUGUUUCCUGUUGUUCCGCCCAUUCCCUCCCAUCACCAAUCAGUCAGAUCGACUGUUGCGAGAGCGUGCUGUAUGUAAUGGUGGUUGUCACUGACAAAUGUGAAUAAAAAGCCGGUGGAUUUUACAGCGACGAUAAGGAGAGAAAACCACGUCAAAAUAUAGGGAGCUGAACUGGAGUAAAAGGAGAUAGGGAAGCGUGCUCUUUCAAACCACGCAGAAUAUGGCGGAGCACCACACAGCCACUGACGGCAAGCACAAAGCGUCCUUGAAUGCCGGGGGCUCGCUGCAUGGUAACAGCCGACCUAACGCCGCGUGUGGAGGAGGGGGAAAAGGAGGCCUCUCUGGCGGACUGGCACAGCCAGCAGGGUGGCAGUCCUUACUCUCCUUUACCAUUCUUUUUCUGGCCUGGUUGGCAGGCUUCAGUUCAAGACUUUUUGCAGUGAUCCGGUUCGAGAGCAUCAUCCACGAGUUUGAUCCAUGGUUCAACUACAGGUCGACYCAUCAUCUGACCACAAAUGGGUUUUACGAGUUCCUCAACUGGUUCGACGAGAGGUCGUGGUACCCCUUGGGGAGGAUCGUGGGGGGCACAGUAUAUCCAGGCUUGAUGGUCACCGCAGGCCUUAUCCACUACGUGCUGAACCUGCUGCACUUAACGGUGCACAUCCGGGACGUCUGCGUCUUCCUGGCGCCAGUCUUCAGCGGCCUGACGUCCAUCUCCACCUUCCUGCUGACGCGGGAGCUGUGGAACCAGGGGGCGGGGCUUCUGGCUGCCUGCUUUAUCGCCAUCGUGCCCGGGUACAUCUCCCGCUCUGUGGCCGGCUCCUUCGACAACGAGGGCAUCGCCAUCUUCGCCCUGCAGUUCACCUACUACCUAUGGGUGAAGUCAAUAAAGACCGGUUCGGUGUUCUGGUCCAUUGGCUGCUGCCUCUCCUACUUCUACAUGGUGUCAGCAUGGGGAGGAUAUGUCUUCAUCAUCAACCUGAUCCCGCUGCAUGUGUUUGUGCUCCUGCUCAUGCAGCGCUACAGCAAGAGGGUCUAUAUCGCUUACAGCACUUUCUACAUUGUGGGCCUGGUGCUAUCCAUGCAGAUCCCCUUUGUGGGCUUCCAGCCAAUCAGAACCAGCGAGCACACGGCGGCAGCAGGUGUGUUUGCGCUGCUCCAGGCAUAUGCUUUGCUGCAGUACCUGAAGAACAGGCUCACCAAGCAGGAGUUCCAGACCCUUUUCUUCCUGGGGGUGUCGCUAGCUGCUGGGGUGGUGUUCCUCACCGUCAUCUAUCUCACCUACACGGGUUACAUCGCACCGUGGAGUGGACGGUUCUACUCGCUGUGGGACACCGGCUACGCUAAGAUCCACAUCCCCAUCAUCGCGUCGGUGUCGGAGCACCAGCCCACCACCUGGGUGUCGUUCUUCUUCGACCUCCACAUCCUGGUCUGCACCUUCCCGGCAGGCCUCUGGUUCUGCAUCAAGAAUGUCAACGACGAGCGCGUCUUCGUGGCUCUCUAUGCCAUCAGCGCGGUCUACUUUGCCGGGGUGAUGGUGCGGCUGAUGCUGACCUUGACGCCGGUGGUUUGCAUGCUGUCGGCCAUAGCCUUUUCCAGCGUGUUCGAGCACUACCUGGGSGACGACAUGAAGAGGGAGAACCCUCCCAUAGAGGACAGCAGCGACGAGGAUGACAAAAGGAGCUCAGGAAACCUCUAUGACAAGGCAGGAAAGGUGCGCAAGCAUGUGUCUGAGCAGGAGAAGGCAGAGGAGGGCCUGGGCCCCAACAUCAAGAGUAUAGUGACCAUGCUGAUGUUGAUGCUGCUCAUGAUGUUCGCAGUCCACUGCACAUGGGUCACCAGCAACGCCUACUCCAGUCCUAGUGUGGUGCUGGCCUCCUACAACAACGAUGGGACGAGGAACAUCCUGGAUGACUUCAGGGAGGCCUACUAUUGGCUGAGGCAGAACACAGACGAGCACGRGAGGGUUAUGUCUUGGUGGGACUAUGGCUACCAGAUAGCAGGCAUGGCUAAUCGAACCACCCUAGUGGACAACAACACAUGGAAUAACAGUCAUAUAGCACUGGUGGGCAAAGCCAUGUCGUCCAAUGAGAGCGCAGCGUACGAGAUCAUGAGGAGUCUGGACGUGGACUACGUGCUGAUCAUCUUCGGGGGCGUGAUUGGUUACUCGGGUGACGACAUCAACAAGUUCCUGUGGAUGGUCAGGAUAGCGGAGGGAGAGCAUCCCAAGGACAUUCGGGAGAGUGACUACUUCACCCCUCAGGGAGAGUUCCGCGUGGACAAGGCCGGCUCGCCCGUCCUGCUCAACUGCCUCAUGUACAAGAUGUCCUACUACCGCUUCGGCGAGAUGCAGCUGGACUUCCGSACACCGCCUGGGUUCGACCGCACCCGCAACGCCGAGAUCGGCAACAAGGACAUCACGUUCAAGCACCUUGAGGAGGCGUUCACGUCGGAGCACUGGCUAGUGCGCAUCUACAAGGUGAAGAAGCUGGAGAACAGGGAGCCGCUGGAGCACAAGCUCCGCAGCGUCGUGCCCAGGCAGAAGUACACCUCCAAAAAGCCACCAAAAGGAAAUGUUCAUAAAAUACUUCUAAGAGGAAGCGAGGACACGUCAGGAAUAAGCUGGUCCUGAAGAAAGGCAAGAAACUAAACAAGAAAUAAUGAAGACUGACAACAUAAAAAAACAUACAAAAAAAUGCAACUAGCAAAGAACUCUACCAAUGAAGAAGAACAACGGCCAUUGUCUGGAAUGUUAGCCCUUAGCCUCGAGGGCUAGUCCUCUGAGCGCAGCAUCCGGUGUUGGGGAGGGUGGAGUGUCAUAUCUGGCUAGCCCCAGAACUUUUGUCCGUUUUAGCCAGAGGACUUUUUGUCUUGCUCUUUCUUUCUUUUUUUUGUACUUGAAUGUGUGGCAAGGCACAGAGCUGCUGAAACAGGGGUGAGCGUACAUUUUGUGGUACAUUUUAACUGUUAUUUCUAGAGGGGGGGACAACAUAAAGAGAAAGGAAACUGAGGGGGCUGGGAGCAAUUGCACCAAAGAGCCCUUGAUCUUGCUCCUUGGCACAUGUCAAUGUGUUGCCGUUGAGAGUGAGGAACCAUUUGGAAUUGAGGACAUGUUCCUGACGCGUGUACAAYACAACGAAUGGUAUGCGGUAAGGAACAAUUCCAUUGUCUAGGCACAGCUGAUCUGUAAUCAUUUUUUUUUUAAUCAUUUUUGUUUGGCUCUAAUUUGUCGUUACGGAGACAAUUAUUUCGGAAAUAAAAGGCCUAAUGUGUAAAUAUGUUAUGUAAAGAAAGUGUCAAAGGGUUCUAAUAUAUUGGAUUAUUGUGGUGGUUUAAAUCCGCAGAUUUCUCUUUACUUUGUGAUGUUUUUAAUGGCAGCAGAUGGAACGGUGAAUGSAUAAUUGUCAUUAGGAGUUCCUUGAGAUUUUGUUUGAAAAGAAUGUGAAUUUAAUUUCCCCCCCCUGAAAUUGCUUAGAUUGUAUAUUCUGCUGAUAGGUUUAAAAAAUAAUAAUAAUAAGCAAUUCUAUGUAAAAAUGUAGUGAUUAUUAAUUAGGCCUCCAACCUGCAGGGGGGCACGUUCUAGUCCGGUCUGUGAGCCUAGUGCCUCAUUGCUGGUCUACUCAGUCAUUUUUGCCGGUCCACAUACACACAUGUUAAUGCUGCUGAGUAGAUGCGUAGUUAAGAGCAGAGUAUGGUAAUGCAGGAAAACUAGUGUUGAAUCUCAAGAUGGCUGCCAGUGAGUGGACAGAGGGGUGAUGGCGCCAUCUUAAAACACAGGGGUGCACCCCCUGGCAUUGUACUGGGCCUGUUGUGAAUUAUACAUGUGUGUGUGCAUGCGCGGGGGGGGGGGAAGGUGAGAGUCUACAUAUCAUAAACUUAUUUUUUAAUCCUUGACAGUUUACUUCUUCACUUGCUUUGUUCUGUCCCUUGAUCUUCUCUGCGUUCACUUCAUGGCCCUUCACACAAUGCCAUAUCGACCUUGCUCAAACACAAACUUGAGAAACUCGUAUUUAUUUUCAUAACGUUAAAUGCUCCGUUUUUGUCAAUCUUUUUGGGGACUAAGCCUUAAUGUGAUAUAGAAAAGUGUACAGGUUGUUUGCCCUCAUUGUUUGUUUUUUGUUGGGGAUGGUGGACGUUCUCCAACUUUCAGCAGUGCAACGCCUCUUCCUCUGCUUCACCACAUUGAUUUCAUUUGACGACCCCUACCCCUGGUCCCCCUCAACUUCCAAGUUAGAUUUUUUACAUUGUUGUUCAGUCAUGUUUUAAAUGUAGACAAAAUAAAAGGUUCAAGUUUGUAAGAA